ACCAUCUUGCCUUCAAACAAGUCAGUUUGGCGUCGGAAUGCCUUGGAGGGUAAUACCUUCCAACUUCAGUGAGGACUGUCUCUACAUCAAUGUAUGGGCACCAGCUAAUGUCCCAGCAAGUGCGAAACUCGCUACCAUGGUUUGGAUCUAUGGUGGAGGAUUUGCGGCCGGAUCUAUCAACACGCCUUUACAUAAUGGUCAGUAUCUUGCCGCUGAAAACAACGUCAUCGUGAUGUCUAUGAACUAUCGUUUAGGAGCUCAUGGAUUUCUAUAUCUUGGACCUGACACGUUUCCUGGUAACCAAGGUCUCAUGGAUCAGGCUCUUGCCCUGCAGUGGAUUCAGAGCAAUGUUGGAAGAUUCGGUGGAGAUGCAAGCAUGAUCACCUUGUUUGGAGAAAGUGCAGGAGCAGCCUCGGUUGGUCUCCAUUUGUUAUCUCUCAUUUCGCGUGAUUUCUUCACGCGUGCCAUUCUGCAAAGUGGAACUCCCUCUCCGAUAUGGGCUACAUCUGAACCAUCUAGGGCUAUCGGUAGCACAAGAAGGCUUGCCGAGCUUUGCAACUGUUCGGUAGGAUCCGAUGCUGACAUUUUCCAAUGUAUCAAAGACGUUCCUCCAGAGACAAUAUUACAAAAUCAGGCUCAAGUUGUUGGUCUUGCUUUCGCUGCAUUCAUUCCUGUCGUGGAUGGCCAUUUUUUACCCGAUUCUCCAGCAUCCCUCGUGGAGAAGGGACUCUUUAAGCAAGCGGAAAUCCUUCUUGGAGUGAACAAAGAUGAAGGCAGUCUUUUCCUCCCAUUAAUCAUGCCAACAUUAUUUCCCGUGUUUGCAAGUCAAAUAAAUGUCAACAGAUCACAGUUUCUAACGACUGUGGAAGCGAUCGCAGCUUUCAAUGGUCAGCCGUCGACCAUUGUGGAAGCCAUGAUGGCUCAGUAUGCUGACAUCCACGUCCCAUCUCUACACCCAGACUACGUGGACAGCGCAUUUAACGUCUUUGGAGACAGCGAGUUUGUGUGUCCUACAACCAAACUUGCGGCUUCAUAUUCUGCCCAAAACGCCGCAUACUUGUAUUCCUUCAACUAUCGCCUCUCCGCGUUGCAGCUACCGCUAUGGAUGGGUGUUCCUCACUCCUUCGAGAUAGAGAUGGUAUUUGGGGUUCCCCUCGGUACUGCCUUUACUUCGACAGAAGCGGAUAAGUCAACAAGUCGUAAUGUUAUGACAUACUGGACCAACUUUGCUAAAACUGGCAAUCCCAACUUUCCGGAAACACCAAACUACCAAUGGCCGACGUACAACUCCAGGGAUGAGCGCUUCCUGGUCUUCUCCUCGUCCGGACUGUCCACAGAGCAAGGCAUGAGAAAGCAGGAGUGUGUGUUCUGGAACACUCUCGUACCACUGAUACUCCACAACAAGGAAAAAUCAACAGGCUCUGGCACAACAACCGAGAACGUGGUUUACAGAUGUCACACCAGUGGAAGCAGUAUGUCAUUUACUGUGAACACGUGUCUCGUUGCUGUACUUGCAGCAGUAGUGAGUGUGUAAAAAUGGAGCGAUAUCCACAAUAAAAUACUUUAAGAUCUAA